AACUACUACUGGUGGUGCUCUUUGUUAGCCUCAUCUAAACAGCUGGAUUAUCAAACUUCCUCUUGAAGACUAGCGGAGCUUAUUGCUCUGGUUUCAUUUACCAGGAAACGCAAAACAAAAAGGGAGCUACGACUGUCCUCACUCAAACGAGCAGCAGACUUACACAGGAUGAAGAUGUUUGGAAGAAAGAUGAGCUGCUGUGUGGCUCUCCUCCUGACCUUCAGCUCUGUGUCAGCUGUAGGACGAAAGCUCAACUCAAUCACUGAUCUGAGGUCAGUAGGCUUUGGCCAGUCUGUGCCUGAGCAGGGCGUUUGGUUGCUCCACUGGUUUGCCAAUGAAAUUGACAUUGACAUAAACGGUGACAUAAGUCUGAUCUUUGACCCAAAUAGUGGUGAUUAUGGCUCACAUCAUUAUCGCAACGAUGAACAGCUGUUAGACCCACUGCCGUGGGGAUAUCAAUACUACAGUCUUGGUAAUAUCCAUCGAGAAGGAUCGUUGCGACUUCCACCUCAUGUCUUCCAAUUAGAGCACGAGGCCGGCAACAGGGCUCGGAUCAUAAUCAGAGUCAGGGAGCCAAACCAUGGAUGGCGAACUUCACAGAGAAUAGACCGAGUCUAUAUCACACAGCAUUAUGGUACAUCUGAACAUCGAGGGACAGAUUAUGAUCCACAACAUACAUAUGAGAUCACUGCUGACCUCUUAAGAGCGAUCAGCAAGUUUUCCAUGGACAGUAAUGACAUCAAUUUACUGAUGUCUCUCAGAGACCACUUUAGAAGCAGUGCUGAUGACUCCCAGCUAUCAGAGAUGAGAAACACGUGGGGUGACCUCGCUUGUCUUGGACUGUUGUUGUUUAUUGUGAUCCAGAAGAGCAAUUCCUCUCACAAACACAACAGAUGGCAGCCAUCACAGAGAAGCAACACACUAAGUGAUACUGUGGUCAAUAUCACAGAGAGCAGGCAACACAAUGCUUUUGUCUCCCCAGAAAGCUUCAACUCUACUUUGCCGGACGACAACACCUGUGUUAGGUGUUUCUGUGUUGUGUUUGGUGUUGGUCUUCUGUAUCUGGCAUACUCACUUAUAUAUUAAUUUAACUACAAUCAGUGUCAACACAUAGAUUAAAUAGAGCAUUUUAUUACAGUGUACUGCCACUGACUGCAAAACCCUUGAGCAAACAGUGUUUCACCAUCAGUCUUCCUCCUGCAGUCUUGAUACACUCCCUUUUUUCUUUUCCUCAGAAGCUCAGUCAGCCCCUAAACUCUUUUUCCUGACAUUUUCCCUGCAGCACUGAAGACUGAAGUUGUCAAUCCUUCUUGAAAAAACAGAGAAAUUGGUAUAUUUUACACUAUAAUAUUUAUUGUCUUUAUUAUUGGUUUCAAAGUAUCCAUAAGAUUGUUGAAAAUGUAGUUUAUUUUUAUUUAGCCAAUUUUGUUCUGUCUAUGCUUCCUUUAAUAGAGGGUGGCUUAUCAUAACUAUGCAGAUAACACCCUGAUUUAAGGCUGUAACUGAGUCAGCUUUUUCGAGAGAAAUUGCUAAUUUAUGGAUUUAUUUUUUGUUCCCCAACUUUCCUCAACUUUCUCCAUUUCUAUUUUAAUAAUCAGGUAAAUUUUUUAAUUUUACACCACAUCAUCUCAUAUUUCAUGACUUUCCUUAAUAAGGGUUUAUUAAUUGUAUAGUAAAUAAACCCAGUUAGUUUGAUCUCACACUGUGUGUGAUAAAAAGAAAAAUAAAUUACAACCAGAAGACUAGGACUGCUGGGAUAUUAUUUGUACUCCAUGUCCUAAGAAUCAGUCAGCUACAACACUUUGUUACAACCAGUUGAAUAACAGGAGUUGUUCCAUUGUACACUUUGAAAUGGUGUUUCCUUGCUUGAACUGAAAACCUUAAAGACUUAGAUGCAAAACAAAACAAGAAGAGAAACAAAGGUUUCUCUUUAGGACUUUGUGAACUCGUUUUCUCCUUUUUAGCUUCAUUUGUUUUGUUUUUUAUCUACAUGAAUCUCAUUUGUUACACUUCUGUAACAACACUGGCUCCUGUUUCUGUCUGUUUUUUGUGCGCAUUUUCUAUUUUCAAUGCAUGUUGCUGCUUUCUUCAUGUUCUAUCUAUCUGUAUGUAUCCCAAACAACCCAAAUAUUAGAGUAACAAACAUCUUGUGACACAUUCUGUGUUGGAUUUUCUUGUCGAAGGAAUCAUCAAUUUAACUGACAGAUGUUUUGCUGACUCAUGCUUAUGUUCAAUCAGGUUCAACAGCUUGUUAAGGUCUACAAAUACUUUUUGCACAUUUAGAUGUUUGCAGGUGUUUAUUUGUAGACAUGUAAAUUAUAUAUA